GAAAAGUACGCGCACAUGUUCGACGUGAAGACCCCAACCCGUACCUACUAUCUGGCCGCUGACACCGAGGAGGACAUGCGUGGGUGGGUGAAUUGCAUCUGUCAGGUGUGCAGCCUGCAGGAGACGCAAACCGUGGACGAUCGGCCGUAUUAUAACAUCGGUGCGAUCAAUAUGGCCGAUGCGAUCAACAUGGCGGAUACGGUUGUGGAGACGAGACCUCCGGUGCGUUCGAUACCUGGGAUUGGGGGGGCCACGGAAACGGACGUUUCGAAUGAAACGGAAACGACCAUCUUGAACCACUCGAUGGCCACGGGUGAUGUGGCCACCGGUGGGAAUGAUCUGCAGCAACAGCAGCAACAACAACAGCAGUCGCAAAAGCGUACUCCUUCGGCGUACAACCCAUACGGCACGUAUCAGAACGAAGAAAUGAUGGGUUUCCGUUCGGCGGAUUACACCAACCGGGAGACGAUCAUAUGUGAGGCGAAACUGCCUGUUCCGCACGCGGAAGCCUACUCAAACCUCGACGUCAUCAUCGAGCGAUCGCAAUCCCUGCGUGGCAAACCAACGUCCAAAAGCGGGGAACCAUCCGGUGGUUCGGGUUCCGCAAACGGAACUGCCGUGGGAGCUGGUGGUCCUAUGGUGCAUCACAUGCGCACACAAUCGCUCAACAUCGAGCAAUCGCACCAGCAGCAGCAGCAGCAGCAGCAGCAGCGUGGUGGAAAGAAGAUCCCAGAAAAUCUGAAGCUUUCCGAUCGGUCCCCUUCGACGAGCGCAUUCGACAGUGGUCCGGAACAACCGUCACCGGCUCUUAGCACCUCAUCGGGACCGUACAUACCGAUCAGUGAGUGCUACUCGGGUAGUCCGGUGACACCGCUUAAUUCGCUCGAUCCACGGUUCUACGAAACACCACGCAGCCACACCAACAUCGGCUUUAAUCUCGUGAACAACGAGCAACCGUACUCACCAAAGAGAAGCAAUGUCGGUGGAGCGCUUACACCGGCCGGUAGCAACGGCGGAGGUCCUUCGGCACUCGCACUGUCGAGGGGUUCCGGUGGUGGGUUGGCAGCUGGUACGGCAGGAGGACUGCCGUGUAGUGGCAAAUCGAGUCCAUCGGAUUCGGAGAGCGUGUUUACGGAUGACGAGUGGACGGGUUCACCUGGGAAUGGCGAUGGAAAGGGUGGCUCGUCGGCAGGUCCUAAACACGGAGGAGGGCAAGGUGUGUCCAUUCGCGGAGGAGGCACGGGUGUGUCCGCGGGAGGUACGAUCGAUCGAAACGCCCGGCCAUCGGAUAGUUCGAUCGAAAACGAUGCCGUCGGGUGGACGUACGUGCAGCGAUUCUCGAAAGUCCCGAAUGCCGUGGAACAGCCGCAGCAACCGUCCACUUCCGGUGCUGGGGUUAGUGGAAAUGCACCCGGGGCUCCUCCACGGCCACCGAAGCGAACGAGCCUCAAUCUGGAGGGUGUGGAAAAGAGCAGAGAGCUGAUAUCCUCCGACACGGAGAACGUCUCACCAGCCAUCGGACCGAAGGAAGCCAGCUCGCACAUCGAACAGUUCUACGAUAUUCCGCGAUCGCAUCAGCAUCCGUACACUUCGGGAAGUAGUAUGCAUCUUCCGGAUGGGGAUUUGUUGUCCCCAUUGAGCCAUUGCGAUCUGGUUGCGUCAAGCACACCGAACCUGAUCGGUGAGUUCGGUUCGGGUAGUCAGUGUGGUACGCUUGGGCGAUCGCGUCCACAUUGCUACACAAAUGCCGCCCCUACGAAGGUGGAGGGCAACGUGUUCCGGUUCGAUUUCAACGAGCAGCCUGAUUCCUCGGCACCGGCCAUCAACCGAGGGUUGAAGCCACGUUCGUCCUUCGACAUCACCAAGUCUAUUGAGUCCGUCACGCACAGCGUAAAGCAGCAGGUUUCGUUGGGUGGUGCUGGAGCGCCAGGGUCUGCUACAGUGGCCAACGGUGGUCAGCAGUCUGCCAAAAGUCCACCGACGGUUGAUCGUACGCGCAAACCGGCAACUCCAAAGAUCGGGACGAAUUCUCUGCGUCGGAAGGGUGGACCGGUUUCGUUGAACCUCGCCUCGAACCAGGCGACCGAGAGCACGUACGGCAACACGCAGGACGCGAAUAUUUCAUUGCUAUCGGUUGUGUCGCCACGGGCACCGGGUAAGAGUGAGGAUCGGCUUCAGUAUCUCGAUCUGGAUCACUCGAACAGUCCGCAGAAGUCGAACCAGCAAAACGUACCGGUCCAUUCGGGACCGAGCAGCAUCGGUGGUGUCAGUGGUGGAAGUAACUCUACGAAUCAUCACCAUCAGCACCACGCGGUGGCCAGUGGGUCGUUGUCGCACGAUGGUAACGUUGCCGGUUCGUCACGGCACCAUCACCACCGGGAUGGAGAAUCGGGUGGUAGCACGAAACAGGCCGUACAAACUAGCCGCACUCCGUACACGACGGUGGAUUUCGUUAAAACGGAUGCCUUUAAUCGGGUGCGCGCAGAUUCGGAGCUAACGCGGGCACAGUCCCGGUUGAAGGAUCAAACAUCCUAG